GGUGCCCUCCCAGAUACUCUAGGAGUGCAUGAAAGGCCCUUUUGUCCCUCCUGCCGCGGGCAGGGCUGCGGCUCGAUGCCAGGGCGGUGGCACACGGUGGCACACGGUGGCUUCCUGCCCGCCCCGGCCCCGCCGUCCCCGCCCUUUGCCCAGCCCCGCGUUAAUGAUCCACCAGCCCCGGCAGGCAGCGGCGUGGCGGCAGCGGCAGCAGAGCCGGGGGUCCUCGGCACGGGCGGCUCGGGGGGGCUGGCGGCUCCUGCCCAGCCCCGGAUAAGAGCGGCUGCGGGCAGCGCCCAGCGGGCAGAGCGGCCGCACCAUGGCCACGCUGAACCUGCGCGCCCUCACCUCCUGGGUGGGCAUCGCCCGCCUCCUCGCCGUGGUGCUGUCCUGCCUCUCCUUCAGCCUGGUGGCCUCCACCGGGCACUUCGAGGGUCCCUACGGGACGUGGUGCAUGUUCUCCUGGUGCUUCUGCUUCGCCGUGACGCUGCUGGUGCUGCUGCUGGAGCUGCUGGAGCUCUACCCGCUGCUGCCGCUCUCCUGGGAUGACUUCACCUCGGCUUUCUCCAUGCUGGCCGCUCUGAUGGUCUUCACCUCCUCGGUGGUGUUCCCUGCCACAUUCAUCAAGAGCCCCUGCAGCAGCAGCCAGUGUGCCCGGCAGGCCGUGGCCACCACCUCCUCCUGCCUCUGCUUCGUCGCCUACGCCCUCGAGGUGUCGCUGACCCGCGCCAAGCCCGGCGACAUCAGCAGCUUCCUCUCCACCGUGCCCGGCCUCCUCAAGGUCUUUGAAGCCUACGUGGCUUGCCUGAUCUUCUCCCUGCUGGAUUCGCGUGAAUACACUCGGCAAUCUGGCCUGAUGUGGUGCGUGGCUGUCUACUCCCUCUGCUUCAUCUUCACCCUCCUCAUCAUCAUCUUCACCAUCGGCCGCUGCCUCAGCUACAUCCCCUGCCAGCUGGAGAAGGUGCUGGUGGGCUACAACGCGCUGGCCCUGCUGAUGUACCUCACUGCCAUGGUCGUGUGGCCCCUCUACAGCUUGGGGGGCCGGGGCCGCCCCGAUUCCUGCGGCCCGGACUGCUGGUGGAACAAGAACCUGGGGAUCACCUUCCUCACCAUCUUCAACCUCAUCGCCUACUUGGUGGACCUGGUCUACUCCACCAGGAUGGUUUUCUUCAGGGCGCCUCCCUAAGGGCUCGGGGCGGGGCUGGGGGCGGUGGGACGCGGCUGGUGCCGGCGGAGCUGAGGAAGGGGCCGGGUGCCUCGGAGAGCUCCUUGUGCCCAGGCAGAGAGCCAGGGGUGAGCCGG